CCUGUCUGAGCCCGCAGCUACCCGGCGCCCACUGGGCGCUGGGACCUUCCGCGUAGGCGGAGCCGUGGAAGACCGGCCGCCGCAGGCUCCAAGACGAGAGGCGGCAGGACACAGCCCACCCAUCCUGGGAGCAGCUCCCACCCGCACAGAACCGCCCUCUGCACACCCGCGAGGGGCAGGGAGCCUUUUCCUGAUGUCCUCCAGGCGGAUUCGGGAAUGCUGGGGGAGGGAGCCCCGUCCCCAGCAGCUUCCUCCUGUGACUGGGGCCUGCCUGGGAAGAUGGCCUACUACAGAAAAUGCAUUGAGACUGUGAUAGAGCAUCUGGACAAAUUUAACCCAGAGAAAGACAGUCCUGAGCUGUUCUUGGAGGCCGUGUCCACCUCCCUGCAGGUGCAGGUGCUGAGCCCCCAGAAGUGGGCCUUCGUCUCAGAGCUCUUGUCUGGCUGCCUGCGGUACCGGAAGCUCCUGGCUGUUGUGGUGGACGCCUUCUAUGUGCAGGAUGGCCGGCUCUGCUUGUGGGCCGACUACAGCCUCUUCCAGGUGCUCUGCUACUUGGCCACAUUCCAGCUGGACGAGCUCGGCCUCCAGCUCUUCCGCAACAUUGCCAAGGCCCUGCCUUUGAGCAGGACGGUCAAGUUCCUCAGGUUCUUCUUCAACCCCUUAAACCUGUGCUCCUGGAUCAAGGACGAGUGGAGCCUCAUCUACACAGCAGCCCACGUGCAGGAGAACUGGAUUGAACCCCUGCUGAGGUGGCAGCCGGAGGUCCAGGGCCUGCUGGACCAGCUGGAGGGAGAAUCAGCCCACCAGGCCCCUCUUGCCAAGGUCAAGGCCAAAGUCACAGAGCCCAGAGAAUUCAACCUGACAGCACCCCGGCCCCGUGCCAUUCCAGUGCCUGAGCCGGUCCCCACUGUGGCCAAGCCAAGACCUGUCCCUCAGAGCACCUACCAGGAGCCCAGGGAGCAGCGGCAGCUGCAGCUGGCCAAGAGAUUCAACCGCCAGAAGGCUGAGGAGCUGCUGCUGCUGGCCAACAUGGAGGAGCUGAGGUGCGCCAUGCCCAGGCCCCACGGUGCACCACCUGUGCAGGACUCUAAGAAGCAGCUGCAGCUUCGAUCCACCUUGCCCCGAAUCCGGAAGACUCCCAAGCUGACCUUCUACAGGCCUGACCACAUCCCCGUCAAGAUGAAUGCGGCUGCCAUCCUGCGGGAAGGGUCUCUGUACCGGCGCCAGGUGGAGAAGGAGCUGCAGAGGGUAGACAAGCUCGCGGAUGGGUAUGGGGACCUCUCUGAGUUCCUCGAGUGGCAGGAGAAGAUGCGGGCAAAGGACUGGGCAGAGCAGCAGGUUGCCAGUGAGUGCCACAGGCUGCAGGGGAAGCUGAGUCAUGAGGAGGCGGGGCUGGCCCGGCAGCACCUCGUGCAGGAGAACAAGCAGAAGGCAGACCAGAAGAAGGAACAGAUGGCGGAGCUGAUGCUGCAGUAUGCUGAACGACGCCUCAGGGAGGAGAGGGCAGUGAAGGAGCUGGUGGAGCAAGUGACAGAGGCGCAGAAGAAUGUCAAGGUGGCUCAGAUGAAGCUCGUAAAGAGCCGACAGCAGAUAGUCCAGGAGGUGACUGAGGAGAGCCGGGAGCUGCUGCAGCACCGGGCAGAAGCGGCCAAGGCGGCGCACAUGCAGCGCUGCAAGCUCAUCUCCCAGCUGCGUGCAAUGGAGACACAGCCCUCACGCAAGGGCAAGCUGGUAGACCUGACGCAGAUCGCGGGGUACGGCCUGGAGGGGGAGAUGUCUGUUGUGGAGCUCCGGGAGCGUCUGGCCCUGCUCAAAGAGACACAGAAGCGCAAGGAGGAGGAGAGGCGGGAUCAGAUCAUCCAGGACAAGCGCACCAGGAGCAAGGAGCUGCGGAACACAGUGGAGCAGAUAUCCCUGUGCCGUGCAGCUGUGGGGAGAACCGCGGCCCUGAGGUAGGUGCCCCGGCCAGGAAGGGAACUCCUGGAGGGGCAGAGCGCAGCAAGUCCACCUGCACUCCCCUGCCAGGCAGGUCCCUGGCCACAGUGUCCAAACUCCGACUUUAGCAGAUGACUUGAGGCAUAUGGAAUGGUGGAGACAGAAGCUUCAUGC